AAAUUUUGAAGUUUAGAGAAAAAAACUAGUUAUAAAGUUUCUUGUGUAGAUGCUCUGACAGAGCAAAGAUUCCUCCUUUCGCCGCCAUGAAUAACCGCCGCGGAACAACAGCCUCCGCAUCAAAUCCAAAUCGACGAUUACAGCGACGCCAGGUGAUCCACGUGCUACCGGACGAGACGGCCUUACGAGUCGUCUGCCACGCGUCGGUCAUCGGCGGCAUAAUCGGAUCAAACGGCCGCGUCGUCUCCAACCUCCGCCGCGAAACCGGCGCCAAAAUCCACUGCGAGUCUCCAACCAGCGGCUCCGACCACUCGGUCGUGUUCAUCGUCGGCUCGAACGCCGUCGACAAAAGCUUCCUGCUGACGGACAGAGUGGGAGACUACUCAUCCGGCGGCGAGCGCGAGGGCUGGGUGACGUGCGAGGUCUCCGCCGCUCAGGCGGCGCUGAUUAGGGUUUUGGAGAGGUCGUGGGCGGUUCUCGGGGAGAAGGAUAGCGGCGGAGUGGUGGCGGAGGAGGAGGGUAAAGAAGCUUAUUGUGGGAUGCUAGCUGAUCGGAGUCAGAUUGGAGCUGUGUUGGGGUUGGGUGGGAAGAACGUGGAGUGGAUGAGGAGAAACUCCGGCGCCACGAUUAGGGUUUUGCCUCCUCCGAGUUGUGGUGCUAACAGUGAUGAACUGAUUCAGAUUACAGGCGAUGUCUUAGCUGUAAAGAAGGCACUUGUCAUGGUAUCAACUUUUCUUCAAAACUCUCCACCUCUCAACGGCUAUCCACCGCCACUUUGCAGCAAACCUUAUGAUACCAACGGAGACUCAGAGGAUCCGCAUUCUGAGUUUUUCCCCAACCUGCGUUCUUCUUCUUCGUUGCCUAAUAUCGCUUCAGAAGCUGCUGCAUCUACUAGCCAUUCGCCGCCACCACGAUACGAAGAAGGAAACAGCUUUCACGGUUCCAAAGAUACAGAUAAGAAGGUUGUGUUCAAAAUGAUCUGCACAAGUCUUGCAGCCGGGGGCAUCAUUGGGAAACAAGGAACUAUCAUCAGAGCUCUGCAGAACGAAACGGGUGCUUCUAUCUCGAUUGGAGCUCCGUUGAAAGCAUCCGGUGGACGAGUUGUUACCAUCUCUGCACGUGAGAGCCUCGAGUCACGGUUCUCUCAGGCACAAAAAGCUCUGGUUCGCGUCUUUACAAGGUCUGUUGAGAUUGAUGUUGGGAAAGGUCUGUUUCCUGGUGCUUUAGUGAAAGCCAAGUUAGUGGUACCGUCACAGUUUGCUAAUGACGUGAUUGGAAACAAAGAAGCAAAUGUUGAUGUACACAUCUCAGUAGGUGGCCAGACUCUGGACUGUAUCUCAGAAAAUGAAAUGCUUAUAGAGAUUAUGGGAGAGUAUAGGCAUGUAGAGAAGGCGUUGUCUCAUGUUUCUUCUAAACUAAGGGAGAAUCUAUUGCCAAGGAAGGACUUGGAAGUAAUGAGAGCUAGAGUUGGUAAUCCGUAUGAAAAUGGAGAAGCAAACUAUAAUCUGCAACCAUCACAGCAAGUAAGAGGCGAUUCUCUCUCGGUAUCAGAUGGUGAACAAGACGUGAAGAUGGUCAGAAGCGGUACAGAAGUUAUGAAAUCGAUCGGUGACUUGAUGCACACAGAGGCAGUUAAUGAAGCCAACGGCUCUACACCACCAAGUUUGCUGGAGAAUGACUUGACACAGGGGAUGAAACAGUUUAACCUUUCUGGCAACGGAGACAUCUCUUUUCUACCACCACGGGGUAAAGGUGUAUCUUUGAGAAACGUUACCUUGGAGCUAGCUGUGGAGAAGGAUGCUCUUGCUGCACUCUACGGAAGAGAUGGAACCGGUCUAGAUAAUCUACAACAGAUUUCAGGAGCUAGAGUGGAUGUGAAGGAUGCUCCUACAGAAGGUGAAACAAUGGUCUUACUCUCUGGGAAUCCUGAGCAAACCCGUACAGCCAUGUCUUUGAUCGUUUCAAUCCUUGCUGAUCAUUGAUAACACCAAGCGAUCAGAGAUAUUACACAUUCUAUUGUUGCGUUUUGCAGCUGCUACGUUUUUUUUUUUUUUGUAAAUGGAGAUGAGUUGUUUUAUCCCAAAUGGCAGUGAUUCUCUCUUAUCCCAAAUGGCAGUGAUUCUCUCUAUUACACAUUCUAUUUUUGAUGGAUUCCGGGUCAAAUGGCAGUGAUUCUCUCUUAUUUUUACACUAAUUUCGGAAUCCAUCAAGCUUUUUUUGUUUGUUUGAUCUCAUCUGCUUCAAGCUUGUAUCUAAAAGAAAACAUUUGCACUGUGCAAACAUAAUAUGUUUUUUUUCUUA